AAUAAUCUAUGACAAUAAUGUAUCUAUUGUAUUUUAUAUUAUAAACUGUAUGAAAGUACUCUUAGGCUACUAUACAGACUAAUACUGUGCUAUAAGUGUACUUCUGGACAUAAUAUAUUUUUGAUUCUUUCUUGAGUUACUGAAAAAGGAGUUUGCUACAGGUCCAGCACUGUAAUCUGUCCUCCACAGUGAGCUGACUGCUUGCUUAUUGACAUCAAGGUUAAUGUUCAGUGGUUGUGUCGGACUCAAAAUUCCAAUUUCAUCACAAAAACUGCCAUGAAUUCAUAUUUAUUCACAGGCUGCUCUGCCUCUGAAACAGAUGGUUAGUGUAUACUUGCUACUGCAGAGAUGUCUGAUCAAUAAUUACCUGACAAAAUAACAACAAGAGCAUCAUUGCACCUCUGUAAAGGUUAUUUUUCAUGGCGCAGUGUUUUUUGCUAUUGAGCCGCAGUUCAACCUUUGGCAGGACAGAUAAACUGUGUUUAUUUAUUGAAUUACAGAUAUCUUGCAGCCCUUUCACAGAGCAACUAGCAUUGCCCUAGCAGGAUCUCCUAGUUGUGUUUGUAUAAAGUCUAGUUUCUUUCAAGCUUAUAUAUUUGCAUUUAUUUUACAAGCGUGCGUGUUUCAUUGGACUAGUCAUGCUGAUAACGUCAUUCUGACUGGGGCAAAUAAACACACAGAGGGGCAGAAAGACAGAUAACAAGUACACACACAUUCACCUACCAACACACACUGGUUAGACAGAGAAAAACAGCCAUGAUCCUGAUGGGUCGCAGUUUGUGUCUUCCUUCUCAAGCCACUGUGCAGGAGUUGUUUUCUGUGGCUCGAGACGCAAACAUCAUCCCUGACAUCUCCUUGGAUCCGGUCCUCACCACCUUCUUGUCACUGGACUCUCCUGCAGCACUGCAGCAUCAAUAUGCCUUCUUACAGCGGAGCAUGAGCAGUGAACAGCAGACUACAUUCGGCCUGAGCCUGAAUAGAGAGUUUGGAGGCAGCAGCAGGGUCACCUACGGAGGAGUUGGGGUUGUUGCUCUGGCUCUCUCUGUACUUUUUGAACAAGUUGCCCAACAGGUCCGUUUACAUGGAUCAACAGAGGGGGACCUAUCAACUCAGAGAUUCCGGGCAAAGGUGAUUUUUGGCAUCAGCAGCUUCUCAAGAAUUGGCAGGAUUAUCCAUGGCUACCUCUACCUGAUCCCUGGCUUUGCCAACAAUGAAGAUAAGAUGGCGGAGACUACAGAGCUCUAUGACAGAUGGCUGAAACUUGAGCUAAUUGACCAUUUUCAAAGAAUGACCAUGAAGAAGAGAAUGAGCUCAGUGUCCAUGCAGCAGUGGUUGACAGGAGCUGCAUUUCAUCUUCACCUGAGAAUACACCAGGUCCGACUGCACUCUGUGCCCCUGGGAUCUGCAGAGUCAUUGCGUCUGUCUUAUAAGACGGGGUUAGGUCGCCUGGUUCAGGGCUACACAGCCUAUCUGCGCAGAAGCAUCCAGGAGACAGCCCCUGGUCCACAAAAACCCCAAACCAGGACAACCAGUCGAUCGACACAAACUAACACAUCCAGCAUACCCAAUGUGACCUGCUCAAGUAAUAACCAUUUCAAUGUUAGCCAGGUUAGUACAAUUAUUUCAUUUAAUGAUACUAUUGCACCCAAUUCAACUGCUGACAUUAGAAGCAGCUGUAAAACACAUAGAUCAAGAGAAGGGUUUGGAGUCAGUGUGUCAAAAAGAAUCAAUGAAACCGCUGUAAGUAUGGGAUUUAGAAAGACAUUCACCAAUUUGACUGACUAUAGCAGAGAGGGGGAAGCCGGCAUGCUUGGCCUGUUAGUUAUUGAGGCAGGGAGGAAUGUGAGUCACAAUGUGCAGCAUCACCCCUGUCAGUCUCCAGCCAUACGACAGGCUUUGGUCACUCGUAUUAUGAAUUCACAGGACCUGGAGCGGAACAGAAACAUUUUUCUGUACCAUGAAAAUUUUUUCCACAAUCUGCUCAGACAGAGGAAUGAUUUUGAGUUAAAGACAAAUUAUACGAAAAUGAUCAAUGUGCAAUUAGAAAUCUGCCCCUCAAACUUAACGCUGUGCCGUAAUCUUUAGGAAAGAAAUAUCUUAAUACUAAAAAGUCCAAUACUGAAAAAUUAUACUGAUGAUUAGAAACCUCUCUCAUUUUCAUAUAUAUGGAAUUCAACAGCGCACAAUCUACAUCCUCCAAAAAGACCAUACAAAUAAAUCUGCACCAUAACAUCUUAGUCAAAGCAGCAAAUUCAAUAUUAUAACUGUCAUGGAGGUAGAAUUUAUUGUUGUAUUAGACAGCAUUUGUUUUUGUAUUGUCUGCAGUGAAAAUCACAUUUUCUGUGCUCUCUUUUAAAAAAGGAAAAUAAAAAUGUUCUACAUUGCAAAUGCAGUACCUGUCAGAAUGGUAUUGUUUUAAUGUAUGCAAAUUCUUAAUAUUGCUGAGCCAAAUUUUUUUUUUGCUGGAUUUUUCUCAUUGAAGCUUCAUACCCUGGCCUUACACCUAUUCCCUGUGUAAUAAUAAAAAUAUUAACAAUUUAAACAUCAGAUUGAAAUUAUUUUGACAUUUUGAAGAGUUGAUUGAUUGUAAUUUCUGCUGGAUGAAAUGCAUAUAUGUACAUUCCACCAGUCCAUUGCACUUCAUAUGCUUUAAUGCACUGAAUUUCUAUAGCACACACUGUCAAAUAUAAUAAACCAUUACAACUUAAAAAACA